AUGUGGAGAAUUCGGCCAUUUUACUCAGACUGUGUUAGGCUCAACUAUCUGACUCAUCAACAACUAAUAUCUCAAUAUGUGAUUUCACAUGGAACAGUCAAAUUGCCUCACAUUCCUAGGCCUAAAUUGAAAGUUUGCAUGCUUGGAGAUGCCCAACAUGUUGAAGAGAGCCAAACAAAGGUAUCUGAAAAAUCAACAAGAAACAACUGUCCAUAUUCAUCUUGCAUCAGCUGCAGAAGCUGGAGGAUUGGUGAUUUUCUUUCACUUUUCUUUGUUGCAAGAGAAGGUUCUAUUCCCAUGGAUGCUUAUCAUAUCGGUUUAGAAGUUUGGUUGGCUCUUUCUUUGCUUACUGAUGCUUUAGCACUUACAGGACAGGCAAUUCUUGCAAGUAGUUAUUCACAAAAGAACUAUGGUGAAGCACGCACUGUUAAUAAUUUGUGGGACAUUCUCCCUACGGGGCUCGGGGACAGAUUUGUAAGUAUGCUUCCACCUUGGCAUGCAUAUGAACGUGCUGUUGAGUAUCUUAUAUUUGCGUUGAAAAUGGAUGUUAUAUAA